UUGUGGCUUGGCGAGUAACACUGCGACGCGAAAGGUGACUUUGUUGUUCCUGGAUUGUAGAUAUUAAUAACGACAUGUAUUACAGACAAUCUGCAUCACACAUAGCCAGUAACUGGAAUAGUUAUUGAUUAAACCUAUCAGUUAUGCGGGGUUCGCUGCCAAAAGAAAAUAUCGUUUCUUUGUUUCACGUGGUUACCCGUACCCUUAUCUCCAAGACAAAAUGAAAAUUUAAAAUGCAAUUAAUUAGCUCAAAAUAAUUAACUAACAUAGUAAGUAAGUCAGGUAAAUAACCUGUUUUGCAAAAUUGGAUUCUGUGUAUUUUGAAGAGUGAAGUGGAACUUUUGUAGUACAGUAAUUUUGCCUUGUGUUUCCUGCAGUUCUAUAGAAAAGGGCUCGUUUCAAAAUAGAUGCUGUCGUCCAUUACAACUCUCUUAUUAUGUCCUCAAUCUAUAAACUUCCAUUGACUCCCCUCCCAAUAUACCCACAGUAUUUGAGCAGACCGUUUGAUGAGAAAUCGCAUGCAUCUGUUGAUAGCAAGGCUCUUGACCCGAGUCUUGUGGAUGUCACGGAAGUAGCCCCUGCCAACCGAGAAAUGGUAUUCAAGGAAGUGCUCAUUAAUGGAAAGCAGAGAGUAGACCUACCCUUGACUCCUUUAUAUGUAACUAAAGGAGAGAGGGAGGUAGCAUCUCAACUAAAGAACAUGAAGAAAGCUGAUUUAGUCAAAAGGUUUGAAAACCUUGUAUCCAAAUUUUCAGAUGAGUCAGCAAUCAGAUUUUAUACGGAGCAGUUAGGUAACAUCCAAAAGAAGUUGGCAUCCACCAAGAAAGAAAUCAUUAUUGCCUCUGUGAAGAGAUUGAGCAGCAAGAAGAACUACUCAACGUGCAGAAUCAGGAAACCACAACAACAGAUAAAUGACACUUGAAUGGUCGUGUCCUUUAUUUAUAUUUAACAGUGAACA